AUGUUGAUGUUAAGGACAGAUUUCAAGUCCCUACAAAAUGAGGUUUCCAGGGAAAUGGAGGCAGUGGCUGAGCUCCCCAGGGACAUUCGAGAUGCUCUUUUCCAUACCAUCCUGGCGAAGCUCAAGGACCAAGGGGCUCUGCAGGACCUCACAGGCAUGCUGGAUGGGAACAUUUGGAUUCAUACGGGCAGCUUCCUAAGUGAGAUGCAGGAAAACUCAAGAAAUGUGCGGCUUGAGUCAAGACACGUCAUUUACCUCCUUGAAGCCUUACUGGUGCUGAGUGACAUCCAACAUGAGCUGCUGGCCUGGUCCAUGGAGAAGAGGAUCCUGCCCCAGCAGCAGGAGCUGGUGAAGAGCAUCCUGGAGCCCACCUUCCUGUACCCCUGCAACAAUCCCUUCACCCUGGAUCCCAAGCUCCUCGCCUCGCUGGAGGAAGAGGGGUUGGCUGUCACCUUUGGCCUGCUGCAGGAGUGUGGUCUGAGUGUGGCACCCGACAACCCCACGGGGACUUGGGACCUGGAGGCCAAGGAGCCCCUGUCUGCCCUGUACGGGUCCCUCUUGAUGCUGCAGCAACUGGCCGAGGCCUGA